AUGAACACGGACGAUGUUAAGGAGGUAUGCGCUGGAUCCAUUGGCGGGGCGCUGGCCACCGUGGUGGAGUAUCCCUUAGACACAAUCAAGGUGAGGCUGCAGGAUGAUCCUAGUCGUUACCGUGGUAGCCUCAGUUGUAUUACAGAGAUUGCACGGCUUGAAGGGUUCAUCAAUGGCUUUUUUAAAGGUCUUCCUGCCCCUGUUAUUGGUGCCGCAAUAGAGAAUGCCACCCUGUUUUGCACCUACCGCGUGGCUAUUAACGGCAUUCAAGAUGUUUUUUAUGAAAAACGAUUUGAAUCAGACACAGAGCCGUAUUCUGUGGUUUUUUCUGCAGCGGCUAUUGGUGGUCUUGUAGUAUCGCACGCAUUGACGCCUGCAGAACUUAUCAAGUGUAAGAUGCAGGUACAAAACACACUUCCUGGACACAAACGGGCAUUAAAAAAUUCUCUGCAUUGCGCCAUGUCCAUAUAUAGGAGCUCAGGUGUACGUGGAUUGUAUAAAGGGCACGUUUCUAUGCUUGCGCGAGAGACUACUGGCUGUGGAGUGUACUUUUUAACGUUUCAGUGGGUGAUUCGCAACAUGCUGCACGAGGGUCAAAGCUUUGCUGAGGCCUCGCCAUUUGUUCAUUUUCUUGGAGGCGGGUGCGCUGGUGUUGUUUUCUGGACAUCGAUCUAUCCGAUUGAUGCACUGAAGACCAAAAUUCAAACCGGCAAAGGAGGCUAUGGUGAGCUUUCUUUUGUUAGGGGAAUGAUGCAGCUUUACAUGCGAGAGGGAAUGCGUGGGUGCAUGCGAGGAUACACCGUUACUGCGCUUCGUGCCUUCCCUGGAAAUGCAGUUUUAAUUGCCGUUUACGAGAAGGUGAACCUUUUGUGGGAAAUGUCGCAUCGCUCUCGUUGUACCUCUGUUUGUUCGGCAUCGUGCGUUGGCAGCACAUAA